GCUUUCAAUUUCGCUUUUUCCUCUCUCUCUCUCUCUCUCUCAUUUAUAUACAAUUUCAUAGGAAACCAGUCUAACCAGACCAUUGCUGUUUUUCCCUCUCUGAAAAUUUUCUUUCUCUCGGAUAUGGCGGAAUCUAAGAGCAAAGCGGAAUCUAUAAGGGAAUGGGUUGUCGAGCACAAGCUUCGUGCUGUUGGGAGUCUGUGGCUUAGCGGACUAGCGGGUUCGAUUGCGUACAACUGGUCUCAACCAAAUAUGAAAACCAGUGUCAGGAUCAUUCACGCUAGGUUACAUGCACAGGCUCUUACGCUGGCUGCAUUAGCUGGUGCUGCAGCUGUUGAGUGGUAUGACCACAAAUCAGGAGCAAAGGCUGAUAGAUAUUCAAAGUUCUUUCCGGCUGAUUACUCACAUAAGGAUUAAGUUUACUUUCCAUAUAACCUGCAUUGAGUAAAAUCUGAUAGGAUAUGACUAAGGGAGGAUAAUAAAGUUGCUUCUUCCUUCCCAAAAGUAUGUUUUUGUCCAUUUUCCAUCACAUUUUUAGCAGCUGUAUUGAGGUGUUUGAUAUCACAUUAUGUUGACGCAAUUCUUGUAGCUCGCAAGUAAUCAGUUUCGAGGUAAAUUUGGCAUCAAAUUUUGAGAAAACUGUGAUUUCUUUGUAUAGAGCAAUACAAGUUACAUUUUCUUUGGUUACGCUUUGUGGGGCGUGUAUAAAGCUGAAUGUGAGGUUGUGGUUGUA